AUGACAGCCUCUGCGCUACCCCGCGGCGCGGAAAAUGCAACCUCCGCGCGGAGUACCGCGGCGCACGCGCUGCGGCUCCUCCCGCUCCUCCUCCUCUCGCUCCUACUCGGCCAGGCGGCUCGCCCCGCCGCCUCGCAGUCAUCCGCGGCGCCCCGCCGCCUUCUCGCCACCGAGACGCUGGGCAACCCCGUUUAUAUCGUCCGCCUUAAAGAAAACUCCGUCGCGGCCGAGAUUAGAGGGGACGGGAAUAACGGAAACGGCAGAAAUGGGGGAGGUAACGGCGGAGCGAACGGGAGGAAUGGGCAGCGGCAGAAGAUCGACCGGAACUCGCAGCGUGUCAAGGACCACGUCAGUCGAGUCAAAGCCCAGCACGCUCGAGUCGCGCGCGGCGCGGGGGUUCCCGACUCGGACGUGCUCUACAGCUACGCGUAUUCGACCAACGGUCUCGCGGCUCGGCUUUCUAAGGAACAGAAGCGCGCGUUAGAAGCAGACCCGGAAGUAGCAUACGUGCAGGAGAGCAAAAUCCGCAAGUUAGACGUGCUCGACUCUCCAAAUUUCCUCAAUCUGCCCAACACGCUAUGGAAGGCGAAUAAGGCCGCCAAGUUGACCGCGGCCGGCGAGGGAACAGUUGUCGGAGUCGUUGAUACGGGAAUCUGGCCCGAGCAUCCAUCGUUUCAGGACCAGGCAACUAACCCGUACCCUGACCCGCCUGCCACGUGGACGGGUAAAUGCCAGACCACCUCCGACUUCCCCAAGUGCACGCGGAAGCUCAUCGGCGCGCAGUACUUCAUCGCGGGGUUCCUCGCCGCGGGGCUGACCUACUACGACCCCAGAGAUUGGCUCUCCCCGCGUGACUUGGCAGGCCACGGCACGUGGUGUGCGGGAGCCGCAGCUGGCAACGGCCCCGUUUCCUUCGGCUCGCUCAACUCCGUCUCUCUCGGCUCGUCCUACGGCGUCGCGCCGCGCGCCUUCCUCGCCGCGUACAAAGUCUCGUGGUACAGCACCAAGUACAACGGCCGCGUGAUAACGGACUCGGAUAUCCUCGCGGCGGUCGACACGGCCGUCGCGGACGGGGUGGACGUUUUGUCGCUGUCGUUAGGAGGCAUGGACCCGUCGGACACGUAUUUCGACGACCUGGGUUAUCUGGACGCGCAUUUGGUGAGUUUCGACAGCCUUCCCAUGUCGCUCUCGCUGUCGCUGGGAGGCACGGAUCUUUCGGACACUUAUUUCGACGACCUGGGCUAUCUGGAUGGACAUUUGGCGGGAGUGGUGGUGGUGAAAUCAGCCUCCAACUACGGUCCUCCGCCCUUCCACCCCUCUCUCUACCGCUCCAUCUCCAACUUCUCGCCCUUCUUCCUCACUGUUGGCGCCAGCUCUAUCAGCCGUCGCUACAACGCGUCGCUCACCCUCGGCAACGGUACCGUGAUUUACGGAAACGGGUUUGGCGGCUUGAAUAUGGGUGCCAACACCCCCCUCAUCGACGCAGCUAAAAUUCCGGCUGCGGGCUACGAUGCAUCUAAGGCCAAGUACUGCAAAUAUGGCUCGCUCGACACAGUGUGGGUGGCUUGGCGCAUGGUGGUGUGCUUAUACGGAGGGGGAGUGAGCAACGAUGAGAAAGCAGCAGAGGUGGCACGCGGCAAAGGCCUGGCGGUGCUUAUAGUGAGUGUGAUGCCGGCUGACGAUGCGUCGGUGACCCGAUACGGCACCCUCCCUGCAAUGACACUCUUCCCUCCUAACGAUGCGAUUCUGAAUGAGUACCUACUGACUGCAAGCCCAACAGGCACAAUGUCUUACGGUUUCACUCAAACCACCACUGGCACCGCAGCAACCAUGGCCUAUUUCUCAUCCAUCGGUCCUCUUGUCCUCCCCUCCACCGUCCCUCCUCCUUCUUUCCCCACCAACGACAUCUUAAAGCCCGAUAUCAUCGCUCCGGGUUGCUGGAAUCGCGGCGCUUAUAAUGCAGAAUCAGACCGAUUGGACGCCGUCGCAGGUGAUGUCGGCGAUUAUGACGACAGCUAUAGUUAG